AUGGCCCAGCAGCAAUGGGCGAGCGACAUCCACAACGCCUUCCAACACGACCAGACGCUGGAUAACCGCAUACACCAAUUCGCGCAGCGUUACCAAGGCCAGCUUGAUGGGCUAUUCGGCGACAUAGCCAAGUAUGUCCUUUCUCGGGAAUCGGCACACACCGCACCAUCAGGCACCUCGAAGAAGAGGAAGCUUGACGAUGCGAGCCAGCCUGCACAAGCCGCACCCAACGGUAGCAGCAGAUCUGUGGGCAUAUCGAACCCGGUGACGACUUUCGAAUGCAAGAAUGUCAGCUUCCAGAUACCUGCUCGCAAGAAGCUGAAGCUGCAGCUGGUCGCGGACCAGGCAGCUUCGAGGAAGAGGGAGAUCAGGCUUAUAGACCCGAAGACGGAGUCGACAGAGCACACUCUCUCCAAUGCGCAGAUCGAUCAGAUCUUCUGUCUGCCAGUCCCGGAGAAGCAGCAACGGCAGUGGAACUUCUGCGUCUUUCCCGCGCCAGGUGCAGCGACGGAGGAUGGCACACCAUGCGAGCAGAUGGUCUUCACCUUGAACGAGACAAAGCCAGACGAUGCAACUUCGUCAACGAGAGCGGCUGUAGAGGGUGAUACGUACGUGACGGUCACAGAGCCGGAGUUCGAUCAGCUGCUACAAGUUUAUGGGAAGAGCAUCGUAAAGCCGACAGACACCGAGUUUGCGAGCAGCAUACCGCAGGCACACCGCAAGGGCGAGAAGGCGUAUCAUGUGAAGGCACACAAGGGCACAAAAGAGGGCUACCUCUUCUUCUUGCCCAACGGCAUCGUAUUUGGGUUCAAGAAGCCGCUGUCGUUCUUCCCAUUCUCCGCAAUCGAGUCCGUCAGCUACACCUCCGUCUUACAGCGAACGUUCAACCUGGUCAUCGCGGCGACGGAGGGUAACAGCACCGAAGUCAAGGAGGUGGAGUUCAGCAUGCUGGACCAAGCAGACUUUGCAGGGAUCGACGAGUAUGUGAAGAGACACGGAUUGAACGAUGCUUCGAUGGCAGCGGAUCGCAAAGCCAAAGCAUACAAUGUGAACAAAGAACCCAAGUCAGAGCCAAACGGCGACGCUGCUGGUGCUUUGCAAGCGAAUGGCGGUGACGAUGGCUUGACGGAGCUCCAGAGAGCAGAACAGCAGCUACAAGACGAUGAGGAUGAGGAAGAAGAGGAUUAUGAAGCUUCAGGGGGUGAGAGCGAUGGGGAGGGAGAGGACAGCGAUGAUGAAGAUGGAAAGGGCGGAGAAUACGCAGAGUACGAGGAAGGCGAGGAAGUUGAGGAGUAUGAUGAGGAAGUUGAGCACGACGAGGAUGUGCAGGACGAAUGA